CACCAAUUGAGGUAUGGACCUCACUCCCUCUCAUUAUUGUCAAGUAAGACAAAGAGGGGCUCUCCGUACCUCUUGCACCCAAUCAAUUCGGCCAAGGCUUCCAAAGACAAGAAGAAAACCUCUGCAAAAUAUUCCCUCCAUAGCCAAGAACAUAACUCAAGCUCAAGAAGGUCCAAGAAGGAAGUUUAAGGAAGAAAAAGGAAGGAAAGGUGUGGUGGAUUAAGGUAAUGACCUUAUAACUGUUAGAUUAUUGGAUUUAUACUACAUGUAAUAUUCACAAUAUAUUAUUUAUCGGGUUUAAUUGUAUGUUAUAAGCUAUCUUAUAUUUAGGCUCAAAAUUAGUGGUCUUAUGGAUAUUAAUAGCAUCCCAGUGCUUAACGGCACGAAUUUUAAGGAAUGGAAAGAACGUUAUGAUUGUUCUCGGUUGCAUGGAUCUAGACCUUGCACUUCGGACCGAGAAACCCGCCGCUCUUAAGGACACAUCUACCCUUGAUGAAAAGAGAGAGAUGGAGAGGUGGGAACGCUCAAAUCGCAUGAGUCUAAUGAUCAUGAAACGUGCAAUUCAAGAAUCAUUCAGGGGCACAAUGUCUGAUGAGGCUGAUGCCAAAUCGUUCCUUGCCGAACUUGAAAAGCGUUUUGCUAAAAACAAAAAGGCGGAAACUAGUACUCUUUUGAGCACUCUUGUUUCCAUGAAGUAUAAAGGCAAAGGAAACAUAAGGGAGUACAUUUUGGAAAUGUCUCACAUUGCUUCAAAACUAAGUGCACUAAAGCUUGUUUUACCUGAGGAAUUGCUUGUGUAUUUAGUUUUGAUCUCUCUUCCUUCUCAAUUUAAUCAAUUUAAAGUCAGUUACAACUGCAUUAAGGAGAAAUGGUCUCUCAAUGAGAUCAUUUCUCAUUGUGUUCAAGAGGAAGAGAGAAUAAAGCAAGAUAAUACAGAAAGUGCUCAUUUGGCAUUUACCUCUAAGGGCAGCACGAAAAGGAAAAUUAAGGAAGCUGCAAAUUCAGGGCCUCCCAUGAAGCAUCAUAAGGAAACUAAGGAAUCUGGAUGCUACUUUUGCAAAGGGACUAAUCACAAGAAAAAGAACUGCACUAUUACCACGCUUGGCGUGCGAAAAAGGGGUUGCCUGAGCUGCCGAAAACCAAUUAAUGGUGAAAGAUACAUCUAUGUCGGUGAUGGCAAGCAGGUUGAAGUUGAGGCUAUCGGUGUUUUUAGAUUAUUAUUAAAGACUGGUUUUUAUUUGGAUUUGAAAGAGACAUUUGUUGUGCCGUCAUUUAGGCGGAAUUUAAUUUCUAUUUCUGCAUUGGACAAAUUUGGUUAUUCUUAUUCAUUUGGAAAUAGUCAGUUCAGUCUAUUUCAAGAUUCAAAACUUAUUGGUACUGAUCUUUUAUCAGUUUAUGAUAAUCUAUAUUCACUUGACAUAAAUACCUCAUAUAAUGAAACCUUGCAUGUAAGUACUCGUGGUACUAAAAGAAAAU